AUGCUGGUGGAUGAUUCAAUGAAGAUUCCAGUCAUCUGCCAGAAAGGACUUACCUACCGUGUUACAUGUCCACCCUCAAGUGCAUCGAUGAGGUCCAAAGAACCAGUGGAGGGGGAUGCAGCCAACGAGGCCAUUGAUGUUGAUGCAGACAGGGGCCUCUCAGAUGGCAUGAUGGGCAUCCCCCCCGAGUCGAUGGUCGACAGCGAGAGAGAUGGUUUGGGAGUUGGCGAGUGGGAAGACAAAGGAGAAGAUGGCGAAGACUUCGUGAUGGAACAGAACCAAACUGAUGAUGAAGAAGCUGUGCUGCCUUCUGUAAAAGGCAAACAGGUCGCAAAGGCCAAAAAGAACAAGGCACCACCUCGUGGAACAUUUCGACAAGACAUUCAGGAACUCCACCAGAAUCCAGCCAUUGCUGGUGCUGUCGUAUCAACAAACAAACGCAAGGAUGUUGCAACAGUUGAGGACACACUGAGGAAAGAAAACGGUUGGCGGCUUACUCCCCGGCUGGCAGAAGCAGAGGGCCUGGCUGCUGUGCGAGCAUCAAAACCGUCAAUGGUCAAGGUUCGAGAGGGACAGAAGGGGGUUGAACCAAAAAUCAAGAUUACUGAGAAGUCUGUCACCAACGUCGAUGCCAGUGGACCCAGAGGUCGCGGCAAGCGUGGCAAGUUCACCACCAGCUCACUUCCAUUCCCUGGUGGUGCCUUGGGUGCAGCAUAUGUCGCAAAGUGGAAGAAGGUUGCGCAUGCAACAAUUAUUGACAGGGGAGCUGUGGAGCUUUGCGCUUACAGUUCUAUUGGCGCAUUUACGCCGCUCGUCGUCCAGGACAUAUGGAACGAGGUCUUCCCAGACCUCGAUAUGCUGGGGAUGUCCUUACCGACUGGCGCAGCAACAUCGGAACCAGUGCACUACAAAUCCUCUCAAACUUCUUCUGGGAGCAGUCCCUCACUCAAGACGAAAUUAUCGCUUAUUGCAAACCUGAGCAGCUCAACUUCAAGUUCAUAUACUGAGAUCCCACGGCCCCUCCGGCAUCCUCCAUUGAUCAUCAUCACAGGGCAAGAAAGGCAGACUACAGUCCGACCUCAUUCUUCAAGUUUUUACCUGCCACUUCAAGAAAACGGCCUUUGCCGCAAAAUCUUAUGGUCUUCCAGUCGGAGGAUUGGGAUUGUCCAUGGCCGCGCUCAGCUUGAACGUGCCCUCUCCCUCUGGUCCUCUGGCGUGGAUCCCAUCAAGGAUGAAAAAGGCAACAAAAAAACUGUAUCCAUGUUUGGCGAGACCACGCGACUCACGCUGGAAGACUGGGCAUCGAUUCUCACUGAGGCAAACACCCGGGCAGGGAUCUUUUCUGCUGACGAGGAGGAGGAGGAGGAUGGUGUUGAUCUGCGAACUCUCGUUGAACUCUAG